AUGGGUGGCACAGGUGACACAGGUGACAGGGGUGACACAGGGCCGCUGUUCUACUCCUUCUUCAAGUCCCUGGUGGGCAAGGACGUGGUGGUGGAGCUGAAGAACGACCUCAGGUCAGGGGGGCUCGGGACCCCCAAACACACCCCAGAACUGAGAGACCCCCAAACACACCCCAAAACUCUGUCGGUGAAGAACUGCUUCAUCCGGGGCUCCGUGGUGCGCUACGUGCAGCUGCCUGCCGACGAGGUGGACACGCAGCUGCUGCAGGACGCGGCGCGCAAGGAGGCGCUGCAGCAGAAGCAGUGACCCCAAAAACGGGGGAAACCGCCCCAAAACCGGGGGGGAUCACCCCAAAAACCCCCGGGGGAUCGUCAACAACAUCUGCAGAGACCCCUCCUCAAAUUUUAGGGGGAUCCCACCCGAAAUUCAGGGGAAAUCACCCCAAAAUCUGCAGGGACCCCUCCCCAAAAUCCAGGCGGAAUCCACCCCAAAACCCGGGGAAUUCACCCCAAAAAUGGGGGGGGAUCGCCCCAAAAUGUGAGAGGGAUCACCCCAAAAACCCCGGGGACCCCUCCCCAAAAUUUGGGGGGACCCCACCCCAAAUUCAGGGGGAAUCACCCCAAAAAUCUGAGGGAUUCCACCCCAAAACCUGCAGAGAACGUCACCCAAAACCCCGGGAAAUCGCCCCAAAAUCUGGGGGGGUCUCCCCAAAAAGCCCGGGGACCCCUCCCCAAAUUCGCGGGGACCCCUCCCCAGCCCGGGGGUCCCCGGCCCCUUUUCGAGUCCCCAAUAAACGCCAGGCCCCGCCCC